UACUUGAUGUGUCAGGACACCUGAUAUGUUCCCUACACUUUGCAAGGGCAUUAAUGCUGCGUUCGGAACUCCUCGUCUUGCUCGUCAAGACAACUUGUCAGGACCAGCAGGACAACGAGGUCGCGUUCGGAACCUUCUUUACCCACAAUGCUCAGCGUGUAAACAAACAAAGAUGGACCCGAUCGUCAAGUUUUGCAGUGCUAUGGUGGCGAUUGUGCAUUAUUUGAUGGAAAUGGCUUUAUGUAUUACGUUAUUGAAGGAUACAGUCCGCCGAAUGGAACUUUCAAGGGCAUUAAUAACUGAGAAAAAGAGAUGUCCACAGUCUUUGGUGAAGUCAGGGAUUGGAUGUCAUCUGUUUCUAGCUAUGGAUGAUGACACUUUCCAGAGUCACAUGCGGCUAAGAAGACGUCAGUUUAAUUUCCUUAAUGACAGUUUUGGGAGAAUGGGCAUGGCAGAAGUACCAAAAAAUGUUGGUGGGCAACCUCGUGUUCCGUUAGAAAUGAAGACUGCUAUGUUUCUGUGGUACAUGGCAAAUCAGAACUCAUUUAGAGAGAUUGGAGACAAGUUCAAUGUGUCUCGGUCUACUGCCCAUGAGAUCAUAGUUAGUGCGCUGGACAGUGUUUGCCAAUUAGCAGCUUCCUUCAUAACAUGGCCAGAUGAAAAUGAAAAUCUUCGUAGCUCGAGAGCGUUUCAACAAUCAUGUAGCAGAGAAAGAAUUAUUGGUGCUAUUGAUGGGUGCCAUAUUAAGAUCCAAAGACCCAGGCGACAUGGCAUAGACUAUAUGAAUCAGAAAAGAAUAUUAUUCAAUCCUUAUUCAGGGUAUUUGUGAUGACAAAGGCAAAUUUAUAGAUAUCUUUGUUGGACCUCCAGGUCAUGUGCACGAUGCCCACCUCCUUCGUAAAAGCCCAUUUUUUUGCAGAAAGAGCAGAGAAGAUGGCAGGGUAUUUCUUGUUGGGUGACACUGCAUACAUUGCAAAUGAUUUUUGCCAUUUCAUCCUCACACCAUAAAGGGAUACUGGAGUUCUAACUCAAGAGGAUUUACAUAAUAAUACACAGAUAAGUAGAGGCAGAGUCAUUAUUGAAAAUGCCUUUGGAAGAAUGAAGUGUAGAUUCCGGUGCACACGAGAUUUAGAAAACACAAGUUUGCUGACAUGUGUUAAGAUUGUUUUGGCAGCCUGCACUCUUCAUAGCAUGUGUAUGGAAGAAAGAUACAGUGAACACCCGGAAGACAUGAUGAUGAAAAUGAGUAAUUUGGGAGCAGUGUAAAUAGAAAAGAUAUGGCCCUGAAGAUGUAACCAUAAAAGUUAAGUAUGAAAAAUAAGGGUAAGAGUGUUCAGUUAAACUGAAUAAGUGUUCAUAUAAAAGGUAAAGCAAGAAAGUGGUUGACAAAGAUUUAAGCUUAUUUUUUCCCAUUUUUUGUGACAUCUGUUAUAAAAAGUAAGAGUUCAUUUUGAAGUUUGCAAUUUAGAGGUAUUAAAAAAAAUUGUCAUUUUUGAAUAGAACAAUCGUUUCUUUUUGUUGUCUAUUUUCUUAUUUCAGAUUUUUAAAUAUAUAACAAUGGU